GCGCGCGCUCCAUUCGCUCACAGACCGUCGCGCGCGCAACAUCAAUGAUCCUUCCCGCCCGAACUAUGUCGCCGUCGCACGGCGCCUUCCACCCGCCGGCGCACGCGCAACCUGACGAGGAACCUGUCUCCAGAACAUAUCAGUAUAGAAAAGUCAUGAAGCCAAUGCUAGAAAGAAAAAGAAGAGCCCGCAUCAACCGAUGUCUGGACGAACUCAAAGAUUUGAUGGUCACCGCUCUCCAAGCUGAAGGCGAAAAUGUCUCCAAACUAGAAAAAGCGGACAUUUUGGAACUUACUGUUAGACAUCUGCACAGCCUGAAGCGGAGGGGCCAGUUAGUGUUGAAACCUGAAAUGUCCUAUGCGGAAAGGUUCCGCGCAGGAUUCACCCAGUGUGCUACGGAAGUGUCCCAGUUUAUAGCGAAUGCUACACUGGCAGCCAACGCGAUGCAGAGGCAAGGGCCCGUCGACCCUCAAGCUGGAGCUCGAUUGCUGCAGCAUUUGAGCAACUGUAUCAGACGGCUGGAGAGUCCACAAGUGGUGCAGCCGCAGCCGAUCGCGCCGAGCGGCGUGGCGCGGCCCAUGCCGAUCCAGCCCCAACCCCAGCAUGCGCAGCCUCAACCGCCAGUACCUCAGCAGCCUUUGCAAAAGACAACGUUACCAGAGCGAGGCUGCAAGAGGCAGUCGGAGGUGCCGAUGGAUGCUGAAGCGGCGCUCGCGAAACGUGCGUACGCGCCGCCUUCUCCGCCGCACAGCCCCGCCUCUGAAGGCGACUCCGCCCAGUCGAUGUGGCGGCCGUGGUGAUUCGCAACCACCUCAAGUGAUCUCCUGGACUGUGUGACAGCAUGUGUGAUAAUCACAAACAUUGUUUGUUUUGUUUCAAUUACGUUCCUAGAACCGAUGUGUGUUAAAACGUUGCAUGAGUUACUCGCUUUUGCUUGUUGAAGUUUGUUUUUUCUUCUAUUUAAAUAAAUUAAGGUUUUGUUUUAAAAUUACAUGUUAUUUCUUUAUAUUCCUAACUUCAACGUCUUCCGCGUCGGUUAAAGCAUUUACUAAAGCUUAAAAAGUACCAUAGUUUAGUGUAGUAUAUAAGGUAAUACUGUGAUAAUUGUCAACAAUCCUAGAGAAGUUAAGACCGCAAUUUUUUACGUUAGACUUAGAUUAAUUAUUAAAAAAAAGACUUCCUAAUAAAAAAUAAAAAAGUUAUCAAU